GAUCUACUCGCGCAGCCUCUGCCAGAGCCUUUUUGCGACAACGUACAUAUCCACAGCCCGAAAAUCUUUCAAUUGAAGAAAUCGAAAUUACCGGCAACUCAUCGCAAUGAAGUUCAGCACUCUCGCCUCCUCUGUCCUGUGCCUGAUGGCCUCCCAGCUUGUCGCUGCGGAAACCGACACCACCAGUACCUCGACGGUGACGAACUAUGUCACCGCGACGCUGGUCCACGUUGACACCGUGACCUCUCCUAGCAGCGUGGCGCCUUCGACUUCCUCGGUGUUCGUCACUCCGAGCAGCCACGCGGUCUCGAGCAGCCGGGUCGCCAGCAGCUCUGCCGCCGCCAGCUCCUCUGCGCCUGCCUCCUCGUCGUUCGCCUCCGUCACCGUGACUUCGAGCAUCCCCGCCGGCACCUCGGUUGCCGCUGCUACUUCCCCUGCCGUGGGUACUUCUGGAGCCGACGGCAUGGUCGCCAAGAUGCCUGCUGUGCUGGUUGCGGGAUCUAUGGCGCUGAUCCUGGGUGCGCUCUAAAUCAAUUCAGCGCUGCCGGCUUUGUCGCAUACUCUUCACGCGCUGGAACCUUGAGAGGAAUGGUUUCGACCAUGACUCGAUUUAUUAUUCUCUGCUUCGACCGCCUAUAUUAUUUCUCCACGGGACAUUGUGAUCGACUGUGCUCGGGACAAUGGGCCUAUCUACUACGGAUACUUUCUUGAUUAUACCCCUUAUGAUGUUUCGGAUUUC